AUGGACGUCGUGGUCGUGUUCCAGCGCCAGGAGUAUUACGUGUCAACGCAAGCGUCAGCGGAUCGGAGCACGCUUCCGGUGGAGUUACUGCAAUGCCAGCUGCUGUCGCUCGUGGGGGUGAUGCCCGACGAGCAGGUCUUGCUCUCACCCAGCGGGGAAGUUCUCUACUCCCCCAACAAGGCGGACGUAGCGACGAUCGCCGUGUCCACGGAGGGGCGGCCUCGCUUCUUCCUCUUCUCCAGUGCGGAAUCGACCGCUAAAGGGCUCGAGAUGGCGGCGGACUGGACUCAGAUCUGCACCAAGAGCACAUUCGGCAAUGCUGCAAUUGUGCAGCCAGCGUUCCGAAAGACGGCGUCGACUGGAGGAGAUCCGCUCAAUACUUUGAUCUGUGGACCCUGUGCCAGAACUUGCACGACAGGGUUCCAGCCUGUGAGCCCAAUGGAGUGGAGUGUGUCCAAGAUGCUGGCGUCGCGGUUCAUCUCCGAGGUCGCAGUGGUUGCUGGUGACGUGGACGUCGCUGCGCCAUCGGGCUUUACGAAGCUGCCUGGAGAUUUAAACUACUCGGCGUCGGGCGACUAUGUGUUCUUGUGCGUAAAGCGGGGAGGCCCUCGUGCGUUGACGCAGCUUCACGUUCUGUUCGAUCAGCUUGGUGAAGCGAGUUCUUCCGGUGCAGAUGGAUCUAUAGAGAAGGGUGAAUACACACCUGAAAAGGUGGUUGAUGUCGAUUGUAACAGCGGUGGUGCUGCUGGAGACGGCAGUGGAAUGAGCGUUCGCAUUGGGUACGACUCUGUGCAACUUGUGGCCAACACGGAGCAGCUCGAGGCGCUAGCUAUCACGGAUAUAACUGUUGUUGUCGGUGAGCAGCCUGCUCCGUCAAUGGAUUAUGUGAGGAUUACGCGAAACCUGAAUGAAGGCGCUCCGGGUGCUCAGCCAAUUUUUCUGUGCUAUCGUCUAGCACCUCUUGGCGGCUUCGUUUGUGACUCGGGUCGGGAACACAGCGAAUUUGGCGAGUGUCUUUUUGCAACGCGGCACUUAGCUGGGAUUGACACUCUGCUGGACUUGGAUGAAAAGCGUCUUGGUUUUGCUCGGACGACUCUGGUCGCAGCACGGACACGUGGGGAUGCGGCCAUUAUGGAGGCCCAUUAUCGUCAGCACCAGCCAGGUAUGCUUGGGCGGCUGAAGAGCGGCUUACAGCGAGUGCAGUCCUACGAGAGUAAGCAAAUGCAGGAAGAAGCUCUGAAGCGAAUCCCUGUGGACAAACUCCAUGAACGAGCGCGAGCCAACUCUUCACCUAUGCCUUCGUACCAGGACGAGCUAGUCAAGCAGUUGCUCCACUGGUUCAAGCGCGAGUUCUUCACAUGGAUGAAUCAGCCUCGCUGUUCAGCGUGCAACCAUGAUAAAACUCGCUCGGUGAGAACAGAGGGUCCAAGCACCGCUGAGGAGAUUGCUGGUCAAGCGAGCCGUGUGGAAGUUUAUCAGUGUCCAGCGUGCGGCGCGCUCACGCGUUUUCCUCGCUAUAAUGAUCCUGUGAAGCUGCUCGACACGCGUACUGGCCGGUGUGGUGAGUGGGCAAAUUGUUUUACGCUGUGCUGCCGCGCGAUGGGAUUUGAGGCUCGAUAUGUACUGGAUGUGACCGAUCAUGUGUGGACUGAAGUGUAUUCCGAGCACUUCAAGCGGUGGCUUCACUGUGAUUCGUGUGAAGAUCAACUAGACUGCCCGCUCACGUACGAGGUCGGCUGGGGCAAGAAGUUAUCAUACAUCUUCUCGUUUGCUCAUGAUGAAGUGGUGGACACUGCGAGACGAUACACUCAGAAUUGGGCGGAAAUGUCUUCAAGGCGCCAAGAUGUGAGCGAAACGUGGCUAGAAACAACCAUCGGCAACAUGAACCGGAGCCUAAGGGAGCGUCAGGCCCCGGAAAGAGUAGCGGUGUUAACAGCGCGUGCGAAAAGCGAGCAAGACGAGCUGCGUCAGGGGCGUUCUGUUCAAAAGACAGAGGUCAAGGGCCGUGUUUCGGGCUCCGCCGAAUGGAAGAGUCAACGUAAUGAAGAUGGAAAACAAGAAGAAGCAUCUUCUAAGGCUACGGGCACGUCAUCGCCGAAGAAAACUGUGAACACCGUGCCGACAGCUGACAUUUUACAGAUCAUUUGUAAGAAUUUGGUGGUUGGGUGCCAAUCGGCCGAAUGCUCGAACCCAUCCUGCUUUACUGGCCGUACAGGCUUGAACUUUUCUGGUCCGUCAACUUAUGUGAACGAACGCGCUGCACAAGCUCUUCAAUUGGUGACAAGUUUGAGCUCGAAGGGAUUCUCUUCAGAUUCGUUGGCGAUGCUGGAUUGCCCGACAUCCAAGGAGCUUCGAAAUUUUCUGUGGAAGAACCAACCGCUGGUGUAUUUACCGCUGCAAGAUCCACCUUCUGCUACUGGAAAUGCAGUCCUGAUUGAUAUUUCAGGCAAUGAUAACCACGUGGAGAAUGCAGGAGUGCGUGCAUUACGCAAGCCCUUCCGGAUCCCCAAUGGCACUUCCGGGAGCCAACCCGAGACCAGAACUUUUGGGGUGCAGUUACUCGAAGGAAAGCGCUUGGCUAUUGUUGUCAGUAGUGGGCUUCCUUCCGCUGGCUUCGUCCUGACUUUCCUCGUUCGUCUUGACCAGGACGAUUCUUUCAAGUCAAGGCGAGCUGGAAUUGUACGCGUGCUUAGUGGUCAGCUGAGUGCUUCUGACUCGGCAAUAUCCACGAGCUUCCGUAUUUGCUGGAAUUGUGCUGAGCAACACUUUUCGUGUGAACUUCAACGUGGAAAUGAAUCCCCGACGACAGCCACAUGUGCCACCUCAUCGUUAUUCUUUGGCCAACAUGCCCACAUCGCUAUUGCACGAGACGAAACAAAGGUCGGAAUGUACGUGAAUGGAAAGAAAACUGCGGAGACUGAAGUGGAGACUGAUAACAUUCACAAAAUCACUCUCGAAGGACCUUCUCGCGAUUCUUCGAAUGUCGCUGCUGUAAUCAGCCAAGUGGCUAUUAUACCUGCGAAGACUCCGGAUGAACUGCUGACGUUUUGUGCUGUGAUGAAAGAGAACUUUGUGGCGGCUCCACCUCUUAGGGCGUUUGGAUCCGAUGGUGAGAGAGACGAUAAGAGGUGCACUGAAGCUGCAGCUGGAGCGCAAUCGGGGUAUCGAGUUGCCCAAGUGUUGAUGUGGGGUGGAGACUUUUUUGACGGCCUCCAGUUCGUCUAUGAGAAGGCCUCAACCGGAGACGCCCAUUCUACGUCUUCAGCAAGAGUUUACGGUGCAUUGGUGGGGAACGCGAACGCAAAACACCAAGCUUCGCAACCGACAGUCACUCUUGAGCUACUGCCCGACGAGAUUGUUACUCGUGUAAGUGGCCGCAAGGGUGCUUGGACCGACAACAUCACCUUGCACACCAAUUUUGGGCGCACGAUGACAUGCGGCGGCAAAGGAGGAGGCGAUUUUUCCGUCUCGACACCGGCUGAGAGCGAGAUCCGUUCGAUUAGCUUCAAGGUUGGGGAUCACUUGACUGACACCGUCGCCUUUGCGUCAUCCGCCAAGAUUCUUGAAGGCGAGACGAUGGAAAUCCUCAUGAAAACGCUGUCGUCGGGCGAGGCUUCAUCUCGCCAAAGUGCUAUUGCUGCAGCACUUCGCUAUCUGGAAAACAUAGCACGCCAACCCGAGGACUUGAAAUUCCAGCGGAUUCGCGCCAGCAACAAGUUCUUCGCUUCGAACGUUGGCGCGCUUGGUGACGACGCUGCGAAGUCGUUCAUGCAUUGGUGCGGCUUCGCAGAGACCUCCGAGCAAGAAGACCAGUUUUUCGGUUUUCAGCCGUCGCAGCUUCAGAGCAAGCCAUCCCCGCAGCGGUUGUCUGCUGAAGCCCACAAGAGAAUGCACUUCCUCAAGAAUGUCGUGUUGGUUGCUGCACCGCGCUGGCGAAACGAUGCGGGCUCACGUCUAGCAACACCGGUGGCAAGCUUUGUCAUGGCCCAAGAAACCGCGAUACCCAUGUCGGCUCACACGAUCAGAGCUACGGAUGUCUCAGGCCUGUUGGCGCGGAGCUCGUCGCCCCAGCGACACAGCGCAGUGCAGGUCGGCAAGUGCCCCCCGCCGAGGACGCGUCGCCCGCGCACGCCCAUUGCACUCACUGAAGAGGAUAUGCGCACGCUAAGCGCGGACGAGAUCCGGAAGAAGAAGAACCGAGUGUCUGCGCAGCGCGACCGCGACCGCAAGAAGCAGCACGUCCAGGACCUGGAGGACAUGGUGUGCGAGCUCUGGAAGCGCGUCCAGUACCUCGAGGGUGUCAUUGCGUCAAUGCACCCGAAUCAAGACCUAAGCGACCUCUACCAGGCUUAUGAGCCUUACGCGGUGUCACGCAGCCUUCAGCCGCUGACCGAGCCAGCUACGGACGGCCUGAACGAAGUCGAUAUGACCGAGCUCGCGUGGCUGCUCGACUCCAUACCGAUGGAUGAGGAUCAACCGAUGCAUUCUGCAACUUACCUCGUGACGCACAAGUCAGACGUUGAUCACAGCACAAUGAACGUCAAUGCCAACACCAUCGCGGCCUUGCUUGGACCCGGCGCGUCCUCAAAGGUGCAGCAACUGGUGCAGGUCGGCAAGUACCCUACCACGCGCAGUCGCCGACCCCGCGAAACCAUCGACCUCGAGCUCUCCGAAGAAGAACAGCGCACUCUGAGUCCGGACGAGAUCAGAAAACUCAAGAAUCGGGUGGCGGCGAAACGCGCUCGCGUUCGUGCUCAGCAGCGCGUCGUCGACCUGGAGAACACGGUCUGCGAGCUCUGGAAGCGCGUGCAGUACCUCGAGCACGUCAUCAAGCUGCUGCACCCCAACGAGCCCAUGGAGUACUUGUACAGCAAGUACGUCAUGUAUGCCGACUCGCCCAACCUGGAGCCUCUGACGGCGGGUGACGCCGCGAAGGGUAACCUCGCCCUCAACAUGGACGAGCUCGAGUGGCUCUUCAACACCACGCCUUCGAGCGGAUCCAGCGACGUUGACAUGAGGGGGUAA